CGCCUGAGGCCUGGUCUGUGUCUGUGAGGCGGGAAGGAAGAGAACGGAGAGGCCGAGAGAGAGAGAGGACAUGAGAGUUCUCUGGAGCCACCCCUGCCGUGAUGGGAAACGAACCAGCUUCUAGUCGAUAUUAAGGCAUUUGGAAACCAAAGUGCAGGAAGGAAACCAGUCCUCAAGGAAAAAGGAUUCCUCUCAAGGGGCUGAUCCUGCAGAAUUCCUACAUUCACUUUGGAUUCUAGAGUAGAACCAUAGAGUCGGAAGAGACUGCAUGAGGCACCCAGUCCAGGCCUCUGCCGUGCAGGAAAAGUGCAAAGUACCCCUGACUGAUGAGCAUCUGACCUCUGUUUAAAAGAUUCCAGAGGAGCCUCCACUACAUUUUGAGGCAGAGAGUUUCACUGCUGAACAGCUCUAACAGUCAGGAAGUUCUUAAUGUUCAGGAAGAAUCCACUUUCCUGUAAUUUGCGUAAUUAUGUAAUUUGCGUAAAGAUGCAAGGGAAAAACGAGAAUCAAGUGUCCUUAUUAGAAUUAAAUAUACAUAACACUGCUGACAUGGAGAAGAAAGCAUAUAAAUGUAUCGAAUGUGGAAAGAGCUUUAGUCAGCAUGGAAAGCUGAAGACACAUCAAAGGACUCACACUGGGGAGAAACCCUAUAACUGCCUGGAGUGUGGACAGAGCUUUACUCAGAAGGGAAACUUAAAUACACAUCAAAGGACUCACACUGGGGAGAAACCCUAUAACUGCCUGGAGUGUGGACAGAGCUUUACUCAGAAGGGACACUUACAUUCACAUCAAAGGACUCACACUGGGGAGAAACCCUAUAAAUGCCUGGAGUGUGGACAGAGCUUUGCUUGUAGUUCAGGACUACGUUCACAUCAAAGGACUCACACUGGGGAGAAAUCCUAUAACUGCCUGGAGUGUGGACAGAGCUUCGCUCACAGUUCAGCUUUACAGAGACAUCAAAGGACUCACACUGGGGAGAAACCCUAUGAAUGCCUGGAGUGUGGACAGAGCUUCGCUCAUAGUUCAGCUCUACGUUCCCAUCAAAGGACUCACACUGGGGAGAAACCCUAUGAAUGCCUGGAGUGUGGACAGAGCUUUGCUUGUAGUUCAGCUCUACGUAGACAUCAAAGGAUUCACACUGGGGAGAAACCCUAUGAAUGCCUGGAGUGUGGACAGACCUUCGCUCAGAUUUCAACUUUACAUUCACAUCAAAGAACUCACACUGGGGAGAAACCCUUUAAAUGCCUGGAGUGUGGACAGAGCUGCACUCACAGUUCAGACUUACGUUCACAUCAAAGGACUCACACUGGGGAGAAACCCUAUGAAUGCCUGGAGUGUGGACAGAGCUUUGCUCGUAGUUCAGGACUACGUUCACAUCAAAGGACUCACACUGGGGAGAAACCCUAUAUAUGCCUGGAGUGUGGACAGAGCUUCGCUCAGAUUUCAACUUUACAUUCACAUCAAAGGACUCACACUGGGGAGAAACCCUUUAAAUGCCUGGAGUGUGGACAGAGCUGCACUCACAGUUCAGACUUACGUUCACAUCAAAGGACUCACACUGGGGAGAAACCCUAUGAAUGCCUGGAGUGUGGACAGAGCUUUGCUCGUAGUUCAGGACUACGUUCACAUCAAAGGACUCACACUGGGGAGAAACCCUAUAUAUGCCUGGAGUGUGGACAGAGCUUCGCUCAUAGUUCAGCUUUACAUAGACAUCAAAGGACUCACACUGGGGAGAAACCCUAUAUAUGCCUGGAGUGUGGACAGAGCUUUGCUCGGAGGGGAAACCUAAAUUCACAUCAAAGGACUCACAUUGGGGAGAAACCGUAGAAAUGCCUGGAAUGUGGACAGAGAUUUUCACGGAAUGACAUUAGACAUAAACAUCAUGGAAUUCACCCUGGAGAGAAUGGUGUUAAUUGACCCCAGGGUGUCAUUCAAACAUGUACAAAAGCAACGCUUGCAAAUUUUGGAAAUGCGAGCUCAAAGUUGGGACUUUUCUUGCACUGGCAAGAGUAUGGAAAGGAAAGAGAACUCCAACAAUAGAAGAAUGUAUUUUAAAAGUACUUGACAUUAUACAAAUGGACAAUCUAACGCAAAAUAUAAGAGAUUGGAAAAAUAAAACGGACUGGACAAACUUUACAGAAUUUAUGAGAAAAAGAAAACUGUACAUUGAUAUAGAUCUGUCUUACAUAUAAAGAACUUACUAACAAAGGAGGAUUGAAAUAAACAAACAGGAAAAAUCAGGAAAGUGAAAGAACAUUCUCCAAAGCACAGAUG